AUGCUCUUUCUUUUGAUUUCGAGUGGGGUGUGUUUAAUUGCUUAUGAUGUGUUUGAUGGUAUGUGUACAACAAUGUCCGGUUUUGCAACAAUUGCUGUUGUCAGUUAUGCUCUUGUUUUUGUUUCUUUCAUCCCACAUGGAGGUAUGCUGAUUUGUGGUGUUAUAACAUGGAUUCAUAUGCGACGAUGGAGGAACCGUGUCGACGUAGGUCUCGGUGUAAUUCAGCAAACACCUGCAAGUCAUCGAAUGAAUCGACAACUACUCAUUCUCAUAUUCGUACAUGCUUCUAUGUCUAUGAUACUAGAAGUGCAGCGUGACAUUGUCGCUACAUAUAAUUUGAUCACUAAUUCGACGAAGAAAAGUGUCGAACGGGAACAGAUCGAAAAUUUUAUUACACAAAUAGGCCUUCUAUUGUAUUAUGCAAAAUAUGGAAUGGCGUUUUACUUCAAUUAUGCUUGCAGUACUUUAUUUCGAAAAACGUUUCGGCAAUCUGCACAGUCAGUGAUUAACAAAUGCUUGCAUUUACGAUGUGUUCAAAGCUGA